GUCCUUCUCUCUGGUAAUCCUAAGGGUUUAAGGUGGGGUAGCCCCUGCUUCCAAAUCCCUGGGACAGGAAGCAGUGCCGACUUCUCCUGGCCCUAGGCCAGGGUUGUAUCCAGACCCACAGGCUUGCUUGCAGACUCAGAGCUGGGAGGCAGAUCUGCAGAAUCCUCUUCAUUCCUGCCUGGCCUGGACCGUGUCUGGCCUAAUGGACUGCCCAGGGACCCUACCAUCUGCUACAGGGACCCUAGGCGUAAGGUCCCAGGGUGAGGCGCUGCUUUGCUGCAGUCCCAGCUUGCCCUAACUACUCCGAGACUGACCAGUCGGUGUCUCCAGCCCAUCAGCUCCCUGCGCCAGACCAGAGGGGGCUCCCACAGGAACUGUGCUCCAAGUCCCAGCCCCUCUUGGAGGAGGAGGCAGGCGGCCAAGGCUCUGCAGCCAGAGGCUGCUCAGCUCAGAGCUCCGGAGCCAGAUGUAACAUUGACCUUAAAUGGUAAAAGCUCCCCAGAGUGAAGAGAGGCUGGCCAGAGGAGGAAAGGGGAAUAACUCAGUUUUAGCCUGCGGAGCCCAGGCCUCUCGGAACACCUUGGGGGCUGACGCAGCGGAGGUUCCUGGGCACACGCGUGGCCGCUCCCGCCAGGAGAUUGCCAUGCCCCACAUUCCCGAGGACGAGGAGCCCCCCGGAGAGGCAGCCCAGAGCCCUGCCGGCCAAGGUCCUCCAUCUGCAGGCCCGUCCCACAGUCCACCCACGAUCGUCCUGACAGGGGAGGUCAGUUCAUUGGAAGGAGAGUGUGACAGGAACCUGGCCAACAGAGCGCACAGUCCCCAACGGAGGCUCUCCCACCGCCACCUGAAGGUUUCCACUGCUCCGCUGACUUCUCUGGACCCUGCGGGGCACGUCAUCGACCUCGUCAAUGACCAGCUGCCUGACAUCAGCAUCUCAGAGGAGGACAAGAAGAAAAACCUGGCGCUACUGGAGGAGGCCAAGUCGGUGAGCGAGCGCUUCCUGACACGGCGUGGGAGGAAGUCCAGGAGCAGCCCCGGAGACUCCCCGUCCUCGGCUGUGUCACCAAGCCUCAGCCCCGGAGCUUCUCCCGCGUCGUCUCGUAGCAACUCCCUCACCGUCCCCACCCUGCCAGGUUUGGAUGUGUGUGGUGGCCCACCGUCCCCUGUGCCCGGAGCGCCAGCCCAGAAGGGAGAUGAGGCCGAUGUCUCUCCAGCUCCCCCUGGCGAGCCUAAUAUCCCCAAAGGACUAGCUGACCGGAAGCAGAAUGACCAGAGGAAAGUGUCCCAGGGCAAGCUGGGCCCCCACUCUCCUACAGUCGACAAGUCCAAAGAGCUGGCCAUAGAACAAAAAGAAAACUUCGAUCCCCUCCAGCAUCCCGAGACCACGCCCAAGGGCCCAGCUUCUUUCCCAAGCAGUGGCGGGAAAAUGGCCCUGAACAGCCCCUUGCCAGGCCCUGUGGAGGGGGAGCUGGGAAAGCCGCUGCAGAAGCUGGCCAGGGACAGCAGCCCCCUGCCCCGAAGUCCAGCCCCAGGCCCUGCAGGGCCAGCUCCCCCAGCCCCCCAGGAAGCAGGUUCACCUUCAGAGUCCACAGGGACCAAGGUGGGCUCCAGAGCCGAGCCACGGUCCCCCGUGUCACGGCCCCCGCUGCUACGAGGGGUCUCCUGGGACAGCGGCCCUGAAGAGCCGGGGCCCCGGCUGCAGAAAGUGCUUGCCAAGCUGCCACUGACAGAGGAGGAGAGGCGUUUCUCGGGCAAGCUAGCCAAGGCCCCAGGACUCAAAGACUUCCAGAUUCAAGUGCAGCCUGUGCGGAUGCAGAAACUGACCAAGCUCCGUGAGGAGCACAUCCUGAUGAGAAACCAGAAUCUGGUGGGUCUUAAGCUCCCAGAACUCCGAGAAGCUGCUGAACAGGAGAAAGGGCCCCCUUCUGAACUCUCAGCAGCUAUUGAGGAAGAGGAGUCAAAGGGUGGCCUGGAGGUCAUGCCCAACAUUUCUGAUGUUCUGCUGCGCAAACUGCGAGUCCACAAGUCUCUCCCUGGAAGUGCCCCUCCACUCACUGAAAAGGAAGUUGAGAACGUGUUUGUACAACUAUCCUUGGCCUUUAGAAAUGACAGCUACACUCUAGAAGCCAGAAUUAACCAGGCUGAAAGGGAACGCAACCUGACAGAAGAGAAUACUGAGAAGGAACUGGAAAACUUCAAAGCGUCCAUUACGUCCUCGGCAUCGCUGUGGCACCACUGUGAGCACCGAGAGACCUACCAGAAGCUGCUGGAGGACAUUGCCGUCCUGCAUCGCUUGGCCGCCCGCCUCUCCAGCCGAGCCGAGGCCGUGGGGGCUGUGCGCCAGGAGAAGCGCAUGUCGAAGGCAACAGAAGUAAUGAUGCAGUACGUGGAGAAUCUAAAGAGGACAUAUGAGAAGGACCAUGCAGAGCUCAUGGAGUUUAAAAAACUUGCAAAUCAGAAUUCAAGCCGCAGCUGUGGCCCCUCUGAAGAUGGGGUUCCCCGCACGGCACGAUCCAUGUCCCUCACAAUGGGAAAGAAUAUGCCCCGCCGGAGGGUCAGUGUUGCUGUGGUUCCCAAGUUUAAUGCCCUGAAUCUCCCCGGCCAGUCUCCAAGCUCCUCCCCCAUUCCCUCCUUACCGGUUCUGUCAGAAUCAACCAAUGGGAAAAGCAACCUGCCUGUUGCCUCCUCACUGCCUGCACUUUUGGAAAAUGGAAAGACAAAUGGGGAUCCUGAGUGUGAAGCUUCUGCACCUGUGCCACCCCCAAGCUGCCUGGAGGAGGUGAGCCAAGAGACCAAGUCCAGGGUGGAGGAAGAAGCCUACAACAAGGGGUACCAGGAAGGUCUGAAGAAGACAAAAGAACUUCAAGACCUGAGGGAGGAGGAGGAGGAGGAACAGAAGAGUGAGAGUCCCGAGGAAGCUGAAGAGGUCGAGGAGCGUGAGGAGGAGGAGAAGGACCGCAGGCGCAGCAAAUUUGAAGAAUUGGUCCAUUUCUUACAAGUCACGUAUCCCAAGCUCUGCCAACACUGGCAAGUCAUCUGGAUGAUGGCUGCAGCGAUGCUGGUUUUGACUGUGGUACUCGGGCUCUACAACUCCUAUAACUCUUGUGUGGAGCAGACUGAUGGACCCCUUGGAACAACUUGCUCAGCAGCCCAGAGGGACUCGUGGUGGAGCUCAGGACUCCAGCAAGAGCAGCCUGCAGAGCAAUAGGGGGCCUGAUCCCCAGCUGCCACCCCGCUCUAACAGCUCAGCCCUCCAUACAGUGCAUCAACCCUAUGUGUGGACACACUGAUGUCCAUCCUGUCAAGGAAUGAGGAAGGCUGCUUUUCACACUUGACACCCUGUGGAGCUAUUCACAGACAGCAACUUGACGUUCUUGGGGAUCAACAAAACUGCUCUGGGAAAGCUUCUGGUGGACCAGGAAGUCACUUUCACCAAGGAACAUAAAGCAAAGGGAAGUUCUUACCUUUGUUCAAAUGGCCAAACAGAACUAGAACACUGGGGGGACAGAAGGAAGCUCAUUCUCUUCCCCUUUCUUCUCUACAGAAGGUUGUCAGGAAGAAUUAUACUUAACAACUAAUAGUGAUGCCAAGGAUCAGACCUGGAAUUUGGUGAUACAACAUGAAUAUCUUCCCAUUA